AUGGAAGCGAGGGAAGUUGAUGGUCAGCGUUUGCUACGGCUAAGAAACCCCUGGGGUAAAAAGGAAUGGACAGGAGCGUGGAGCGAUGGCUCCGAGCAAUGGACACCAGAAUGGAUGGAGAAACUGGGACACAGGUUUGGCAAUGACGGCAUUUCCUACGAUGGCCUCCUCAAGAAAUAUCAACACUUCGACCGAAUCCGUCUUUUCAACGACGACUGGACCGUAACCCAGCAAUGGACAAGCCUGAACGUCCCGUGGUCGGCAACGUACCACAGCACAAAGUUUGUACUAGAAGUGAAGACAGCUGGACCUGCCGUGAUCGUUCUCUCCCAGCUCGACGAACGAUACUACAAAGGUCUAUCCGGCGAAUACGACUUCGACCUCAAAUUCCGACUCCAGAAAGAAGGCGAAGAUGACUACUUCGUUCGCAGCCACGGCAACGAGCUAAUGUGGCGAUCCGUUAAUGUCGAAGUCGACCUCGAAGCCGGACGCUACCACGUCCUCAUGAAACGCAGCAAACUACUUCAAAUCGGCCUUUCCUACGACCUAGCGCACGCAAAGGGUAUCGUUCACGAAACCGAAAAGGAGAAACGAGCACGACAAGAACGCGAAGACCGGCGAAAAGCAGCUGAACGCAGGAAACGGAGAGAAGAGACUAAGGAGAGAUUGCAGAAAGAGUGGGUCCGGGCGAGGAAGCUCGAAGCCAGACAUAAGAGACUCGAUGCAAGACUCGCUACUAAAUCUGGCAAAAAACAGCAACAACUUAUCAGGGAAGACAGCCCGUCUGAGGAAGUUGUUCCCGAUGGGCCCGUGCAACCACCCGUCAACGAACUUGAGCUCCCUGGGAAAGCCACUAUACCUUCUGUCUCACUUGAGGACGGUCAUGUCCCGGACCACUGCGUUCGAAGCAAAAGCAAGACUUCUCUAUCCGUCCGGGUCAAGAACCCUUCUUCAGAUCAUGCUGCAAACGCCGAAUUCCUGGAGGGAUUCGAAUUUGACUCUGAACUCGAUAUGUCUUCUGACGAAGAGCCAGUUGAAGAAAUCCGCACACCAGUCAAAUCCGUUAGCAGCGCCGGCGAAGGCGAUGCCAAUAGCGAUCCAUGGAAUGCCGUCUGUGUGGUUGGCUUGCGGGUUUACUCGAAAGAUCCUCAGUUGUCUCUGGAGGUUCUGCGUCCCGUGCCGGAGGAUGAUGUCGAGGCGUCACUUGAUAUGGAUGAUCCGUCGGCGAGUGCAGCUACCGAAUGA